AUGUUCAUCGGAGAGUUCACACCAGAGAAGGGCCUUAUAAGUGCAGUGAAUGUGGAAAAUCUUACUCCAGUUACUCUGGUUUCCAUCCUUAUCAGAAAGUUCACACUGGAGAAAGGCCUUAUGAGUGUAUUGAAUGUGGGAAAUGUUUUAAACAGAGCUCUACCCUCUGCCAUCAUCACAGAGUUCACACAGGAGAAAGGCCUUAUGAGUGCAGUGAAUGCAGAAAAUGUUUUACCUGUAGAUCUUACCUCCUUCUUCAUCAGAGAAUUCACACUAGAGAAAGGCCUUGUGAGUGCAGUAAAUGCAGUAAAUCUUUUACCCAGAGCUCUGCCCUCCGUGUUCAUCACAGAAUUCACACAGGAGAAAAGGCCUUUUAGUUGUGGUGAAUGUGGAAAAUCUUUUACCCAUAGCUUUUUCCUUCAUCAUCUUAAGAAAACUCACACUGAAGAAAGCCUGUAUAAGCCUGGUGAAUAUGGAAAAUCUUUUAACAGUAGCUCUAAACUUUGUCUGCACCACACAGCUCACACUGGAGAAAGGCCUUAUAGGUGUAGCGAACAUGGGAAAUCUUGUACCUGA